ACUUCCCCUUUCCCUCCUGAGAGAUGACGAAUAUGAGCGGCUGGAAGUGGAAAUCAGUCUCGAGGAGGAAAAAGAGGAGGAGGAGGAGGAGGAGGAGAAACCACUGGCUGUGACAGUGACAGUUGCUUCUCUCUCUGGAUUUUUUUUCUCUCCCUCCUUCCCCCCACUUCUUCACUUGAGCUUCAUCAUCAUCAUCAUCCUCAUCAUCACCCUCAGCAACAGCAGCUUCUCCAGCAGUAGACGAGAAAUCCGCGUCCAUCGGCAGCGUGGAGAGCAAAUUGGCAGCAAGAGGCGCUCCAGUCGAAGAGGAAGAUGGGGAAAUGGCAGAUAAGCGAAUGUAAGGAUGAAGAAAUGAAACGAGAUAUUUAUUUAUGAUAAGGAAAGUCCUCUAUGCAACAUAGGAACUAUCAAAGGAACAAACGAUUCUGACACAUAAAGAAACAUGGAUUUAUCCUCAUCCUCCCUGCAGUACGGAUCAAAGAAGCGGGUUAAGAUCCACCCAGACACAGUGACAGUGAAAUAUGCCACUCACUUCCCCCAGCCUGGGGAUGAAGGCUACGAUGAUGCGCCCUCUUUCGAGGAUUUUGGCGCCUUUGCUGAAGCAAAUGUGGGAAAGAGACUGGUGUCGGACAGCAAAGGAGGCAGGACUUUCUUUGGCACCAUGGAGACCCCGCCUCGGCCGCCAAGUGUGCAAAAAGACAAGGGGGUAGGGGGUCAACUGGCCAGCUUCGGUGAGGCGAAUGUGUUGGCCUCCAGGGUGACUUGGAUGGCGUUGUUCGGGGCGGCUGUGGCUCACGGUUGUGUUGCAUUGAUUACUCGUUUAGCAGCCGACCGCUCUAAAGUGCCCUCCCUGGAGCUGCUCUUCAUCCGCUCUGUGAUACAAGUGCUGUCUAUCCUGGUGGUCUUCUACUACCAUGAGGCCCCGUUUGGCCCCAAGGGCUACCGGCUGCGGCUCUUCUUCUACGGCGUGUGUAACGUAAUCUCCAUCACCUGCGCAUACACCUCUUUCGCCAUAGUUCCACCUAGUAAUGGCACCAUCAUGUGGCGGGCCUCCACCACGGUCUUCAGCGCAGUUCUGGCCUUCCUGCUGCUGGAUGAGCGGCUUGGUUACACGGACGUGGUCACAGUGGUGGGGAGCGUGUUCGGCUUGUGCCUGGUGAUGGUGCCCAACGUAGCAGACGAGGAGAAGUCCAGGUUGGGGUUUUGGAAGGAGGCCUUUGGCUACACAAUGACAGUAAUGGCCGGUUUAACGGCCGCCCUCUCCAUGAUCGUCUACAGAGCCAUCAAGGAGCGCGUCAGCAUGUGGACGGCCCUCUUUACUUUCGGCUGGACGGGCACAGUGUGGGGGGCGUCCACCAUGUUCGUCAUGCAGGAGCCAAUCAUCCCUCUGGAUGGGGAAACCUGGGGCUAUUUAAUCGGGAUCUGUAUCUGCUCCACUGUGGCGUUCCUCGGAGUCUACUAUGCUCUUAACAGGUUUCAUCCAGCCUUAGUUAGCACCGUGCAGCACCUGGAGAUCGUAGUCGCCAUGUUCCUCCAGCUCAUUGUUCUGAGGAUGGUCCCGUCUAUCUAUGAUGUCAUUGGAGGCCUGGUCAUCAUGGUCAGUGUGUUCACACUCACAGGAGUCAAGCUGUACAGGGUGAGCAGGGCCAUCAGACAGGAUUAUCAAGAGAUCCUCGACUCGCCCAUCAAAUGAGUUUGGAUUUUCGUCAGUGUGUUUGUUUACAAUGUUGCUUGGUUGUGCAAUUUAAAGAAUGUCUGAUGAUUUUGUAUUGUUGUGUUGUGGGAAGGGUGCCAGUUUUGUGUAACUAAUGUCUUAAUAUGUGUGUGUGAAAUAAAAGACAAGUGUAAUAUGGUGACAGUUUCUACCUGUUAGUACUGCUUUAAUGUUACAGUGUCAACGACCAAAAUGUCAGCAAAAAGCAAGGGUUGGUUUAUUUUUCUGUGAUUUCUUUUGGUCCAGCACAGUAGCUUUUGUAAUAGUAACAUCAACAAGGUCUGUUGUCACACUGCCACACUUGUCAUAAUGUGUAAAUGUCAGCCCAGAAAUCAUUUGCACAACGUACAAGGAAUGAAACAAUAAACAAAAAAUACCACCUACGUUCCA